AUGAGACACAAUCUGGUAUGUCAGACGCCUCCCACUGUCACUGUUCAUGUAAAAUCGAGUGCAUCCAGAUCACAUCAGCAAAAAAACCUUAUUAGACUAAAGCGGCCUACUUUUAAAGACCAUGAAGAAAAUUGUGAAAAAAAGGUUCCUAGUCAUAAAUAUAGAUGUCCAAAGGGACCACGUCUAGUUAUUCAGCGUCAGGAAAUGACAGCUUUCUUUAAACUAUUUGAUGAUGAUCUAAUCCAAGACUUCCUUUGGAUGGACUGUUGCUGUAAAAUUGCAGACAAGUAUCUCUUGGCAAUGACUUUCGUUUAUUUCAAGAGGGCUAACUUCACAAUAAAUGAGCAUACCAGAAUCAAUUUCUUUGUCGCUCUGUAUCUGGCAAAUACUGUUGAGGAAGACGAUGAAGAAUCAAAGUAUGACAUUUUCCCAUGGGCUUUGGGAAAAGCCUGGAGAAAACUCUUCCCUGAUUUCUUAAAGUUAAGAGAUCAACUAUGGAGUAGAAUUGACUACAGGGCUAUUGUAAGCAGACGCUGCUGUGAAGAGGUGAUGGCUAUUGCUCCAACACAUUACGUAUGGCAGCGAGAACGUUCUAUGCACCACAGUGGAGCUGUAAGAAACUACGACGGUGAUGAAGUACAGCUGCCCCGAGGACCUAGUGCUACUCCUACAGACUGCUUGCUUUGUGGUAAGAAAGGAAGAUUUGUACGACUAGGAUUAUCAUCAUCUUCCUCCUCAUCUACUGCAACUUUGGAGAUGAUGGAAUUGCCUUCAUCCCAGAAUUCGAAGGACACCUUUCCAACUGAAAAAAUGCUCACUGAUUCUCCUUUUUAUUAUGGCCAAGACUGUCAGAGCCUGUCCAGCAAAAGGAGACGAGGUAGCACCUUGAACCAAGACAAAUCCAUGGAUUGGUUUACAAGCAACGAAGAAUGA